UAACCAAGUCCGACAGUCUCAGAUUUGCUUUUGAUUGGCUAAGAUGGUAGAGCUGAUCUCUCGGAUAGAUAACAGGAAUCAAUACCAAAGCAAUCGCGGAGGAGCAGCUGCUGAGCGGACCUACAAAUGAGUGACUUCCAAACCUCCGAGAAACGGACCAAAUUCAAGUCGAAUCCACUUUGGUAUUGAACCCUCUCGGCUUUUCGCGUUCCGGGGUUAUGCCCGAAACUCAUGAGCGGCAAAGGGAGAAGUCAGACUCACUUUACAGGGCAGGCAGCGCUAGAGGCACUUACACGCUUCCAAAUUUUGCGUCCGAUACUUCUUUAUUAGAUAUAAGGACGCAUCGCUUACCUUCUUUCAACAGAGAUUCAUCCGGUGGAAGGGGAGAUAAUGAGCGCAAUGAACAGAUAAAGGAUGUGUUGAGCCAUGCUCAACAACAGACUCUACAGAACGAUUCACAGGUUUUUUCGAAGCUCAGUUUUAACGAAUCUGGUGAUACUGAAGAUGCGCUCUCUGCAUCAAGAAUUGCUGACAAGGAUUUACCAAGCAGGGAGGGGUCAGAUAGAGAGGAAGGUGUCAAUAGAUUGGACUACACAGUUUCCUUUGAAAGAGAACUAUCAUUGCCAAAUCAAAAGAAGUUGUUCGUACAAGAUGAGGACAACUCGAGAACUUUACAUCAAAAAUUCCCUUUAAAGCAUGUGCAUGUUGAUGCUAACCCGUCCAUUUUAGGCCAAGAAGCUUCGUGCACUGUUUAUGAUAGUGUACAAUCAAUGACAGAUAACAUGCAGAUGAAAGGAAUAAACGUAAGGGGACGUGGCAGUUUAGGGUCCGAACUUCGGGAAGUGGAUCCUCAUAACUUCGAAACUUCAGCCCGCGGAACAUCUACAAAUAAAGCAAAGGUGGAUCCAUUGACUGCAGAAAUUUCCAUUGUCAGAGGACAAAAACGGUUAGAUAGAAAGGACGAAAGAAGCAUUUUGGUGGGUAAUGCACCCCUUAUUUUUCCUCAAGAAUCAAAUAUGGCAAUCUCAAAGCAAACUACCUCAAAGAAAGACCAAGAAUCCUCGCGAUUCCCCAGAACCACGCCUUGUGCGAGUGAUAUCGAAACUAUCAUCAUCAGAGACGCCGAGAAAAUCAAACAAGCGGGUUUGAUUGACAGCUUUAAAGGCAACCAAUCAGACAGCAGCCUAAGUGACGCGAACGAUCGUCAUUUUCAGAUUUUAGUCCAAACCCAUCCCGACGGAGGAUGGGGCUGGGUGGUUUGUUUUGGUGCAUUUCUAGUCCAAUUCAUAGCUCUCGGUAUGCAAAAUACAGCGGGUAUUGUUUACACGGAACUGGUGAAGGAACUUAAGACUCCCAGGGGAGCAACAGCUUGGGUCGGGUCUCUUUCAACUGGUAUCAUGUUCUUUCUUGGUCCACUUACCACCUCAAUGUGUGAAAGACUCGGCUGCAGAAUCGUCACCAUAUGCGGGGGUAUCAUCUGCAUUGCAGGGCUUCUACUUUCCUCACUGGUUACGAGUCUAUUUCCGUUGUAUUUUACCUACGGCUUAAUGUUUGGGACUGGGACGAGCCUUUGCUACUUUCCCACAAUAAUUGUACUUUCUAAAUACUUCAAACGCCGAAUUGCGGUCGUGAAUGGCCUGGUAACAGCCGGAAGUGGAGUAGGAACGCUUGUGAUUGGCCCAGUCGCCCAAGUACUGUUUCUGCGUUUUGGCGUGCCGAACACUUUUCGAAUCGUGGCGGGAAUUUUCACAUUGGUGGUUUUAUGCGGAGCAACUUUUCGACCAGUUCCUACCACCUACCUUCAGAAAAACAGAAAUUCUGAAGGAGAAGGGAAGAGAAAGCUUUUUGACUGGAGCAUUUUCAAGAAUAAGGGAUAUGUUAUCUGGAUCACUUCUGUGGCGACAUUUCAGCUUGUCUAUUUUGUACCAUUUGUACACCUGGUCAGACAUGCCGAAGAUCUCGGCGUUUCACCAACAGACGCUUCGUUCCUGAUCGGUUACUUAUCGGUGGCGUCGACAGCGGGAAGACUUUUUUUCGGCAAAAUGGCGGAUCUUUCCUGUGUCAACAGGGUCCACAUGUAUCAGAUGGGACUCUCUAUGAUUGGUUUGUGCUCCUUCUUUGUGACCAUGGCAACAGGAUACGGCGGUUUGGUAGCUUACACUGUUAUCUUCGGUUUCUUUGAAGCAUGUUACAUUUUGCUGAUUCCGCUGGUCACAAGUGACAUCGUGGGCCCCCUAAAGAUGUCUUACGCUCUUGGAAGUGCAUUCACUUUCAUGGCAUUUCCGAUGUUUUUGGGACCUCCUAUCGCAGGCUGGAUGUACGAUAUAUCUGGAGAUUACUCCGGGGCAUUCUACUCAUGUGGAGGCAUCUCUUUCCUUGCGGCAAGUUUGACGUUUCUUAUACCCCGUCUGUCAACACAGUCGAACAAGGAAAUCAGCAGCACGAGGCUUGGGAAAUUCUUACACGGGAGGAGAUCGAAUCAUCGCUCUGAAGUUAUGCACGUUCUCUUCCGAUGUUUGUGGCAGGAGAAGCAAGAAUCUAAAACAUCCAGCUAUGUACAAUAUAGCGGCAUUCAAGCAACAACCAAACGAGUGGACAAUGUUUGAAAUAAAAGUAACUGUUUUGACGUUCUCCGUCUCCCGUCUCUCCGCGUUCCUCUUUUGUUAACCGUUCCACAGCACAGACAAAUGAGCGCUUUACUUUCGAACACUGUGUUAACUUGA